AUGCCCCUGUCUGAGGAGCCCUGCUGAACACGGUGUUCUGCAGUUGAACUGAAUAAGCACCGCUGCCCUCCCGCUGACCACUUCCAGAAGCGACCGAGAGUCGUCCGCGACGACGACUACGAUGAUAGGUCGUCUGACUCCUCUGGCUUCCAUGGACGUGAUGGCCAACACGACUCACGGAAUGGCCGCGACACUGUCCGUGUGCGUGACCCACGCGACAAAGAAGACAAUACCCGAUAUGGAAGGGACCCCAGAAGCGGGCACGAUGCCGAGUACAGUCGUGGCGACUCUGGGAACGGUAAUGGCACCGAGCCCGAGGACGAGGACGAUGUCGAGUCCUUGAUCAUGACUGACCGCUCCCCUCUCGGGAAGCUUAUUCGCGCGAUGCGAGCGACCGAGCACACUGAUCAAGAAAAACUUAUUCUCAAGCCCUGGAAGAAGGCCGCGCGUUUCAUUCCGCGCUGCAUGGGACCCUUCAUCAACCUCAACAACGUGAUUCUGUGCGGAAUUCACUUCGGCGGGCUCAUGCCUGAGGAAUGGGACCUCACCGAUUUCAAGAGCCUCGAUGUCAAGGAGAUACCGAGGCACAUCGAGUAUUACGAGAGCCUUCUCAACCUGAUCCCGCAGCUGGAGGAGGUGCUUCAGCAGGCUCAGGGAAACCGGGAGAUCGUCGGCGUCAUUUCUCACUUCUUCGAGAAACACCUGAAACAGGCUCGCUCGGACGACAGCACGAAAGUCAAGAAUAGUGUUCUCACAUUCAUCCCGAAGAACCUCGACAAUGUUCCGAACAUCGAACAAGACCACGAGAAGCACCAACGCGGCUUCCGCCACCUCGCCACUGGGCGUCUGCUCACUCCGGCAGCGAUUCAAUGGAAGUUCAACGCAGACCCGCAGAGGCGUGAAGGUUACUUCGCCGACAACCCGGAAGCUGGCUUGCUGAAGGCGCCGCUCAUCUCUGCGGUAUAUCGUGCGAUCAUGACAGGGCCCAAGACUGGCAAGGCCCCACUCGCUCACUUCUCCUCCACUUCGCGGUCAGGCCCUGGGAGAAAGUCCCUCGCGAAGGAGUACGGGAUCACCGCCUGUGUUCCGGAAACCAUCGCCUAUGCGACGACCCUGGUAAGUACCUCCCGACUGCUCACAGGUGUUGCAUCUACACAACCUGUCGCAGACUCGCUUCGGUCUUGAUGCCCAAGUUGAGUGGUGCGAGAACGAUGCCGAGUUCGUUUAUCAGAAGUUCUACUUCAACAUCCUCGGCAUGUUCGAAGACCCUGAAUGGGCAGAAGAUGUCCUCGAGUGGUACAACACUGAAGUCUUCGGUCCCGGACAUCGCGACGAGAGAGGUCGUGUGUCUGCAGGUCCGUCCACUAUGGAGCUGAUUGCUGCGAGGCGCCGGGCGAAGACGACGGCGCACACAGCUGCACAGCCCAGGCACAACUCGGAUGAACCGAACGAAUCGGAGCCAUCUGCCAGUGAGAGUGCUGUGCCUGCUGAUGCGGGAGAUCAGCCUUCGGGUGCUACAGGUGAUUCCGGGAGUGGCGGAAAUGCGGGCAAUGGGCAGGGCGACGGGCAGGGCGACGGGUCCGGAAGUCUC